UACCAUUUCACUCGAGUGGCCAAAAUAAUUUGUGUGCCUAACAUCCUAAUGAUGGAGGAGGAAGACAACACAAAUUAUUGAGCACACCUUUCGAAAACAGUAGAUAAGACAGACAGUACAAAUAGCGAGUACCAUUUCUGAGUUCAAGUUCAAUGUUGAAAAUCUGUCGGAAGCACAGUUGUGCUUUUGCAAGCAAUUAUUACUAUUCAAGUAAAUAUAAUUAUUUUUCCUGUGAAUAGCUGGAAACCAACUUUUUAUAAAUGGCUCCAAAUUCGCUCAGCAAAUCGGAAUAUUUGGGAGAACCAGUCCAAAUUAUUAGUAAACCAAAUGUUGAAUACAGUAUAGAAACUCAAAAUAAAUACAAUUUGCCUCACAAUAGAUGGCAAAUAGUUUGGAGAAACGUCUUAAUAUUUGCAUAUCUUCAUUAUGCAGCUUUUUACGGCUUAUAUUACAUGCUCACUUUAGCUCAAUGGAAAAGUAUCAUUUGGGGAUAUGCUGUUAUCCUAUUUGCAAGUAUUGGAGUAACCGGAGGAGCACAUAGGUUAUGGGCCCACCGUUCGUAUAAAGCAAAACUCCCAUUACGAAUUUAUUUAGCUUUUUGGCAGACUGUUGCUUUACAAAAUCACAUCUAUGAAUGGGUGCGAGAUCACCGAGUGCAUCACAAAUUUACAGACACAGAUGCUGAUCCUCAUAAUUCUAAUCAAGGAUUCUUUUUCUCACAUAUGGGUUGGCUGAUGCUCAAAAAACACAAAGAUGUUUUUAUUAAAGGCAAAACUAUUGAUCUGAGUGAUGUAGCAGCUGAUCCAGUUGUCCAGUUUCAAAAAAAAUAUUAUUUAAUCUUGGCUCCGAUUCUAACGUUUGUUUUUCCUGCAAUUGUUCCUUGGUACUUCUGGAACGAAAAUCCAAUAGUGUGCUAUUAUUCUUUAGCAAUUUUGAGGUACAUUUUAAAUCUUCAUGGGGCUUGGUUGGUAAAUAGCGCAGCUCAUAUCUGGGGCUACAAACCGUUCGACAAGAACAUAAAUGCUACAGACAAUAUAAGCGUCGCUAUUAUCGCUUUCGGUGAAGGAUGGCACAAUUACCACCACGUUUUUCCUUGGGAUUACAAAGCUGCAGAAUUAGGAAACUACAGGAUGAAUUUUACUACGGCUUUUCUUGAUCUGAUGGCAAGAAUUGGACAGGCUUAUGACUUGAAAACAGUGUCCGUUGAAAUGAUCAACAAGAGAAGGAAAAGAACUGGUGAUGGUACCGGUGUAGUUGAUCCUUUGGUGGAAAAUAAAGAAGACCAUCGCCAUGAAGACACUGUUUGGGGAUGGGGUGACAAAGAUAUGAACCAAGAUGAAAUGAAUUUGGUUGAAAUUUAUAAUCCAAGUAGCAAAGAACUGUAAUACUCAUAGGGCCGGUUUACAGAAAGCGAAAUUAAGAUUUAAUUCAGAAUUAAACUAAUUCGAAUUAAGUUGCCAUUUAAAAAGCAUUGACAAAUGUCAAGUUAAUCGCGAUUAAAAUUUAAUUGCAAUUAAAAUGUUCUGUAAACCGGCUCUUAAUACUCAAAAUUGUUAAUUUAUUCUUUUUUAGUUAAAUUGAAUUAAAAUAAAACCUUUCUUUUGAUGCA